AUGAACUUUUCAACUGCUUGGUCCUCAAAUGCUGUCUCCAUCUGCCGUUCUUGCGGCUUGCCUCACAUUGUAAGAAUGGAGAGGUCGCUCAGAUUCCUCCUCCACAGCACAUCUGCUCUUUCAAAGACCGAGAAAGAAAAGUUUGCAGGCCUGGUUCAUGAUCGCAUGACUGAGCAGGUGUAUGAGCAAGAGUUGACCUCCUUCAAAUCUAAUGUUGUUCCUGCACAAGUGGAGAUUGUGCCGGUCAUGGCUGAGGGCAAGGCAGCCCUGGAUAGGGUCAACAAGGAACUUGGGCUCGCGUUUGACGCUUGGGACUUGGAGUACUACACUGCCUUAUUCAGGGAUGACAUGAAGCGGGACCCUACAAACGUGGAGCUCUUUGACAUCGCACAGUCUAACAGCGAACAUUCCAGGCACUGGUUCUUCAAGGGCAACAUGGUCCUUGACGGUGUCCCCAUGGACAGCACGCUCAUGGACAUUGUUGCUUCCCCACUGAAGGCGCACCCAAACAACAGUGUCAUCGCGUUCAAAGACAACUCCUCUGCCAUCCGUGGCGCUGUGGUGCGACCACUGCUGCCUACCACGUCGGGCUCACCCUCACCCCUGGCGCCACAGGAAAAGGACUGGGACGUGCUGCUGACAGCGGAGACACACAACUUCCCAUGUGCUGUGGCGCCAUAUCCAGGUUCCGAAACUGGCACUGGUGGCAGAAUCAGGGACACGCACGCAACAGGCAAAGGAUCUAUAAUGGGAGCGGCCACAGCAGGGUAUUGCGUUGGGAAUCUUCACUUGGACAAUUACAAAUUGCCAUGGGAGAAUGAGGAAUUUGAAUACCCAGGAAACCUGGCAACACCAGCUCAGAUCCUUAUCGAUGCCAGCAACGGGGCAUCCGAUUAUGGAAAUAAAUUUGGGGAGCCUGUUGUUGCUGGGUACACCAGGACAUUCGGUGCCCGGGUCGCUGAAGGGGAGAGGCGUGAAUGGAUCAAGCCCAUCAUGUUCAGCGGCGGUGUGGGACAGAUCGACCAUUCACACCUUGACAAGGAUGAUGGUGAGGUGUCCAUGCUGGUUGUCAAGAUUGGAGGUCCCGCAUAUAGGAUUGGGAUGGGAGGCGGCGCCGCAUCCAGCAUUCCCAGUGGCUCCAACAGGGCAGAGCUGGAUUUCGAUGCUGUGCAGCGUGGCGAUGCUGAAAUGUCUCAAAAACUGUGGCGGGUGGUGAGGGCAUGUGUCGAGAUGGGGAGCAGGAACCCCAUCGUCCAGAUUCACGACCAGGGAGCAGGGGGAAACUGCAAUGUUGUGAAAGAGAUCGUAUACCCACUCGGUGCAGAGAUUGACAUUCGUGGCAUAACCCUUGGGGACCAGACGAUGUCUGUGCUGGAAAUCUGGGGAGCAGAGUACCAAGAAAAUGACUGUCUACUGAUAAAGCCAGGAGACAGGGCAUUGUUUGAAGGCAUAUGCUUGAGGGAGAGGUGUUUGAUGCAGGUGAUUGGAUCCAUUUCCGGGACUGGGAGAAUCGUCCUGAAGGACAGGGAAGCGCCUCCUGAUGCCACCCCACCCGUCGACCUGGAUCUGGACAAGGUGCUGGGCAAGAUGCCAAGGAAGACGUUCACCUUUGAUCGGGCUCGGCCACAGCUGGUGGCCCUGGAGAUGCAGGAUGCGGAAACCCCGACCACAGCACUUGACAAGGUCCUACGGCUCCCCUCUGUGUGCUCGAAGAGGUUCCUGACAACCAAAGUGGACCGAUGUGUCACAGGUCUGAUUGCGCAGCAGCAGUGCGUUGGUCCAUUGCAGCUUCCCAUUAGCGACGUUGCUGUCAUGGCCCAGAGCCACCAGGACUUCACAGGCGUCGCAACAUCAAUCGGGGAGCAGCCAUUGAAGGGUCUUAUCAACCCUGAGGCGAUGGCAAGGCUGGCCUUAGGGGAGGCCCUGACAAACCUCGUUUGGGCACAAGUGACAGACAUGGGCCACAUCAAAGCCUCCAUAAACUGGAUGUACGCAGCAAAGAUGGGUGGAGAGGGAGCUGCCAUGUAUGAUGCAGCCUGCGCACUGAGGGAUGCGAUGAUCCAGCUUGAAGUUGCAUGUGAUGGGGGCAAGGACAGCUUGUCAAUGGCAGCGGCUGCGGGUGGUGAGACUGUGAUGGCUCCUGGCAAUUUGGUGGUGAGCGCAUAUGUGACCUGCCCAGACAUCACAAAAACUGUCUCCCCGGACCUCAAGCUUGGCGACGCAGGUGUGCUCGUGCAUGUUGAUAUGGCCGAUGGAAGGAGAAGACUUGGGGGUUCUAGCCUUGCACAGGCACUGAGUCAGAUCGGGGACAGCAGCCCAGACGUCGAUCCUGGAAUCUUGAAGGCUGCUUUCAAUGUCACACAACAGUUGGUAGCAGAGGGGCUGAUAUCAUCAGGCCACGAUGUCAGCGAUGGCGGCAUUGUUGCAUGCCUGUUGGAAAUGGCCUUUGCGGGCGACUGUGGAAUUGAGGUCAACUUGCCUUUGCCCACCCAAGAUCCUUGUGGGUCUUUUGCUGCACUGUUUGCGGAGGAGCUGGGGCUGGUCAUGGAAGUGGCUGCCAGCACGGUAGAUUCCGUUGUGCAGAGAUUUGUGGACGCCGGGGUUGUUUGCGAUGUGAUUGGCAAGGUAUGA